CACACACACUGAUGGAGAACAGGCGAGGCUUUCAGUUGUAGGAUGGAUCCAGACAGUGGGGCAGAAACACAAAAAGCUGUCAGUUUGCAGUGGAAAAGCUACAAGCUCGUUCAGGACCCAGCUAUCCGGCGAGUCACACAGAAAAUCUACAGAUACGAUGGAGUGCAUUUCAGCGUGCCAGACUCUGGAUUCCCCCCCGUGGGUGACCUGCGGGACCCCAGACCUCGGAGACUGUGGUCCAGGUACACAGAGAUGUCCCUGCCGGUGCCCAAGUUUAAGCUUGAUGAGUUCUACGUGGGUCCGAUACCGCUCAAAGAGGUGACCUUCGCCCGACUCAAUGACAACAUCAAGGAGCCCUUCCUGGCAGAAAUGUGCGCCAAGUUCGGCGAGGUGGAGGAGAUGGAGAUCCUGUUUCAUCCCAAGACCAGGAAGCACCUGGGUCUGGCCAGAGUGCUGUUCACCAACCGAGGAGCCAAGGACACCGUCAAGCAGCUGCACAACACCUCCGUCAUGGGGAACAUCAUUCAUGCUCAGCUGGACAUCAAAGGCCAACAGAGGCAGAAGUAUUACGACCUGAUCGUGAACGGGUCCUACACUCCUCAGACGGUGCCUCUGGGAGGGAAGGCGUUAACGGACAGGCUGCAGCCUCAGGCCCCGGCGCCGGCACAGCCGCAGCCCGACACGUCCGCAGAAAUCAGGCGGAGGCUUUCCAGUGAGCUGGCGGUUUUGGCGGCUGGGGUCCAGGCGCUCACAUCUGGGAACAUCACCCCCUGCUCUGCGGACGCCGGCUUUGCCGACCAGCGUCUGGACACGCCGCCGCCGUCC